GCUGGCGCGAUCCUGGACCUGGAGGCGGAGGCGGACCCAGCGUUCGUGCCCGCGACUGGGGUCCUGGACAGCCUGUCGAGGGGCGUACUGGUGAGCUGCGUGCUGGCGAGCGCGGCGGUCGGCGCGCUGCUGAGCCAGGCCGCGGACUCCCUCGGCCGCCGGCGCCUGCUGCUGAUGGUGGCCGCGCUGUAUGUGCUCGGGCCCCUCAGCAUGGCCGCGGCGCCCAGGCUGUGGGUGCUCGUGCUCGCCAGGAGCUCAGCUUAUGCUUGUGCCGCUGUUCGUUCCUCGAUCGUCUGCCCUCGUUAAUGUCUACAUCUCCGAGCUCGCGCCCGCCAGCUGCCGCGGGCGCCUCGGCGGCUGGGCGCCGUUCGUGGGCACCACGGGGAUCCUCGUCUCCUACGUCGUGUCCUCCGCCGCGGAGGCCGUGCGGCCACAUACUGGAGGCACAUGGCGGUGGCAGCUGGGCAUCGCGGCCCUGCCGGCGCUGCUGCAGCUGCUGCUGCACGGCAGCCUCCCCGAGACGCCGCCGUGGCUGCUGUCCAAGGGCCGCCGGAGCGAGGCGGCAUCGGCUCUGGCGGCGCUGUUCCCGAAGGCUGCGCCGGGCGUGCUGGCCGCAGAACUGCUGGAACUGCAGGUGGGGCUCUCCUUGGCCGGCGCGCCCGCGAGCACGUGUGCCGUGUGCGCGCAGCACCCGCGGUCGGCAGGGCUGGGCGUGGGGGUGAACGUGCUGCAGCAGGUGACAGGAAUCAACGUGGUCAUCUACUUCGGGCCACAGAUCCUGGUGUAUGCGGGCUUCAACAAUAGCGCCUCCAUGGCCCUCACUGCUAUCAUCAGCAUUAUCCAACUGUCGGCAACGCUGUGCUUGAUUGGCACCGUGGACCGUGUGGGGCGAAAGCCGCUUGCGAAGCUGGGCAUUCUGCUGAUGUGCUGCGGGUUGCUCGUGAUCGUGGCCGCCUUCCUGUUGAAGGCCGGGCCGCUGGGCGGCUGGAUGGCCGUGGGCGGGAUGUUGACCUUCCGCGCGGCGUUCUCGCUGUCCCUUGGGCCGCUGCCCUACAUCAUGACCUCUGAGUUCUUCCAGCAGGAGUCGCGGGCCGCGGGAGUGGCGCUGAGCUGGGCCUCCAAUUGGGCGGCUAACUGCGCCGUGUCUCUGACCUUCCCGCUCCUCGUUGGCUCCACGCCAAGCCCCCGCCAAGCGUGGCCUAUGUCUUCCUGUUCUACGCCGGGUGCUCUGCGCUGGCGUUCGGCUUCGUGCGCCGCUGGCUGCCAGAGACGGCGGGCCUCCGCCUCGAGGCGGCGUGCCGCGGGCCUCCGAGCGGCGAGGGCGACGCGGCGCCCUCGGCCGCGUCCGCGUGAUGCCUCGCCCUCCUUGACGCUCGGCCCUCGAGGCCCUCUCCUCGACCUUUCGUUCCUCUGCUAUCCGUCGCCUUGCCUGGCAGGUGCCGUGUGUUUUUAUCUCCGGCCUGCUCCCAGAGCGAGGGCUCAGGGGUGCGACGAGAACGCUUAAGCCCGCGCGCGCGCCAACUCGCAUAGCAACCACCUCGGAGCAGCGGUCCUCUGAAGAGAGGGAGAGGCCCGGCAUUGCGCGGGAGGAUGACGGAAA